AUGGUGGCUGGUGGGUUACAAAUCCUGGGCGCAGCUCUAGGGCUCCUGGGCUGGAUUGGUGUCAUAAUUGUGUGCGCCAUUCCGAUGUGGAAGGUCACUGCUUUUAUCGGCAGCAACAUCGUGACCUCACAGACCUCAUGGGAAGGUAUUUGGAUGAGCUGUGUCCACCAAAGCACAGGCCAGAUGCAGUGUAAGGUCUACGACUCCAUGCUGGCCCUCAGCUCUGACCUCCAGGCCGCCCGGGCCCUGACCAUCGUCUCCAUCGUGGUGGGCAUCAUGGCUAUCCUGCUCUCCGUAGCCGGGGGGAAAUGCACCAACUGUGUGGAGGAUCCGUCGUCCAAGGCCAAGGUGGGCAUUGCAGCUGGAGUUAUGUUCAUCGUAGCUGGAGUCCUCUGCCUCGUCCCUGUCUGCUGGACGGCCCACACCAUCAUCCGAAACUUCUACAACCCGACUUUGAUCAGCUCCCAGAAGAGAGAGUUGGGCGCCGCGCUCUACAUCGGGUGGGGGGCGGGCGCCUUGAUGCUCAUUGGAGGGGGGUUGCUCUGCUCCAGAUGCCCCGCUAAGGACGAGGACUCCUACUCUGCAAGGUACAAAACUGCCAGAUCUGAUGCCUCAGCACCAGCGUCCGGGAAAGACUAUGUCUGAAACAGAUCUAGAAGUCAGUACAUAGCUUCCCCAAAGCCAUCAUUACUGGGACAGAUGCACUGGUGCUACUGGGUCGUGUGUGUUGAUAGCUCAGAAUGUUAUAUGAGCAAAUGUAUGCCUGGGUUUUACGUCUCAUGAGAGUGUUUUAAUAAACAGAAAGAAAAGAACCACACCCAAAGAGCAAAUUUAAUUAGAUUUCUUUAAGCAAUUAUUUGUAUAUGUUUGGUUGUUUAUAUGAAUAUUAGUUACUUGAAAGCUGUUUUUGAGUAGUAUACAAUG